GUCUGGCAUUUGGGAUAAUGUUUCUCUUGAUAUUCUGCGCAAUACUAGUGUGUUACUUAAGGAAGCGAUCUCGUAGGGCUCGGGAGAGCCUCGGUUAUGGACCUGCCCUUCUGCCCUCAGAAGUGGGUCAAUACCGUCCCCCCCGACUCUGUUGCUUCAAGAGAGAGAGACCUUCCACCUCCACCCCCACCACAACUGGACACUGCAUAUCCCAAUCUACCUGAUAUCUCGCACGCUUCAUCCCUCUCAGCGAUCUCAAGCGCCACUCCCUUAUUGAGCGACGAUUCGCAUCUAAGUUCACACCCCACAUCUACUUGGAACCGUUACAGCACAUUGUCGCAGGCAUCAGAUCCUCAGCGAAUAGUUACUCAAAAUGCGCCUAUUCUCCCAAACCCCUACGACGCAUUCUCAGCACCCGCCCGAUCUGCGUCAUACACAUCCACGGCUUCUUCUCCAACACAUUCAAUACCCCAGAUUCCUGCGAGUGCUGCAAUGGUGGGCACUUUUGCUACGCCUCUGGCUGGUAGCUCGAGCAACAUCCAGCCCGAGCGCCGGCUUUCUGCGCUUCACACAGAUAUGACCCGACAUCAGAAGCAACUUGAACUCGACCACAGGAAACGGAGUCUUGAUGCUCAAGAAGCACAGGACCCUCCGCCGCAAUAUUCUUCCUGACCGUGAAUCACGGACUAUAAUGCAAUAAUUGAACGCUUUCCCACUAUUCUUUAACUGCUCUCAUGAAUACCUAUGACCUGAACUCUGAACAGUAGUAGAUUGUACCACAGUAAAGCUCGAGAUCUCAUCCGCAACUCGUUCCUAUAGGUACUUGUUGCUCACUGAUU